AUGGAUGCCCCGUAUGGAUCGUGCAGCGAUACGUUCCGUCCAGAGCGAUACAUCUACGAAGAGCAUUACUCUCCUGAGGGUUGCCAUCGAAAUUGUUUCCAAUUGAAGGUGCUCGACCAGUGCGGUUGUGGCGAUCCGCGAUUUCCACUUCCAUCCGAAGAAAAGCGAUACUGCAGUGCGAAAAGUGUCGCUGAUAGACAAUGCCUAUCGAACCUGAUCAGCGCCUCAGGCGGCUACCACCACCUUCAGCUUGAGUGCGACUGUCAACAGCCAUGUACGGAAAAUGUCUUCGAGACUGCCUACUCAGCAGCUGCAUGGCCAUCUGUGAACUUUCAAAAUAGCCUGAAUUUCUCACUUUUCUUCUACUCAUUCCUAAUUUACAUUUCCAUAUCCAAACCUUCAGGUGUUGAUUGUCCUGCCGUCAUCGACAUUUUUAAUGAUAGUGCGGCUUGUACGGAGUACUAUCGAGUGAACACCGCUUACAUCGAGAUCUACUACGAACAACUGAAUUUCGAAACCCUAAAGGAGACUGCUGGCUAUACGAUGGUGAACCUGUUCUCCGACUUCGGUGGCAACAUCGGUCUUUGGAUUGGAUUCUCUGUGAUCACUAUUUGUGAAAUCAUCGAACUUAUAUUCGAAAUUGGCUACUACCUGCUUUACAUCAAACCAGUG